CACGGGACAGAGCAGUCGGUGACAGCCCCGAGGGCCCCCGCCCCGAGCCCAUGGCCGAGCCGGAUCCCUCUGACCCUCCGGAGACGCAGGCAGGGAAGGUGCAGGAGGCCCAGGAGAGUGAUUCUGAUUCUGACUCUGAGGCCGGAGCAGCAGGUGGAGAAGCCGAGAUGGACUUCCUACGGAACCUCUUCUCCCAGACCCUGGGCCUGGGCACCCAGAAGGAGCGUCUGCUGGACGAGCUCACCCUGGAAGGGGUGAGCCGCUACAUCCAAAGUGACCGCUGUCGCAGGAUCAUCUGCCUGGUUGGCGCUGGCAUCUCCACGUCUGCCGGCAUCCCCGACUUCCGCUCUCCGACCACCGGUCUCUAUGCCAACCUGGAGAAGUACCGUCUUCCCUACCCAGAGGCCAUCUUUGAGAUCGGCUACUUCAAGAAACAUCCGGAACCCUUCUUCGCUCUUGCUAAGGAGCUCUACCCUGGGCAGUUCAAGCCAACCACCUGCCACUACUUCAUCCGCCUGCUGAAGGAGAAAGGGCUGCUCCUGCGCUGCUACACGCAGAACAUAGACACCCUGGAACGAGUGGCAGGGCUGGAGCCUGAGGACCUGGUGGAGGCCCACGGCACCUUCUACACGUCGCACUGCACUAGCUCCCAGUGCCGGCGCGAGUACACCCUAGGCUGGAUGAAAGAGAAGAUCUUCUCGGAGGAGACUCCUAAGUGUGAGAACUGCCAGAGCGUGGUGAAACCAGACAUCGUGUUUUUCGGGGAGAACCUCCCGGCCCGUUUCUUCUCCUGCAUACAGUCCGAUUUCACGAAAGUGGACCUGCUCAUCAUCAUGGGCACCUCGCUGCAGGUGCAGCCCUUCGCAUCCCUCAUCGGCAAGGCUCCCCUGUCCACCCCUCGCCUGCUCAUCAACAAGGAGAAGACCGGCCAGACAGACCCAUUCCUCGGCAUGAUGAUGGGCCUUGGAGGAGGCAUGGACUUCGACUCCAAGAAGGCCUACAGGGAUGUGGCCUGGCUGGGGGACUGUGACCAGGGCUGCCUGGCACUCGCUGACCUCCUCGGAUGGAAAAAGGAGCUGGAGGACCUGGUCCGGAAGGAGCAUGCCAGCAUAGAUACCCAGCCAGGGCCAGGGACCUCCAACCCUGGCUCUGCAGCUUCCCCCAGGAAGUCUCCUGUGCCUACCAAGGAGGAGGCCAAGACCAUGGAGGGAGAGAAGCCCCAGUGAUGGCUGUGCCUCCAGGCGGGACACCAGCCCUCUGCCCUGGGCCAGUUGAGCCCCAGCCAGCUCUGGACCCCUCUAACUUGGCAUCUCUCAUCCAU